CCUCCUCCCCCCUCCUCGUGAGCAUUCCCGCCCUCCACCCAUGGCUGCAUCGGAAGAAGGGACCGGCGCUUUCUCCCGCGAGGCAGGUCGCAGAGUGACCCCAGCAUCCUCACCGACCCCGGGGAGCGCACAGAUGAGAUGGAGCAAUCCCCGGCAGUGCGCUCGGACUACUUGGUCUCAGGGAUUCGAACUCCACCAGUGAGGAGGAACAGCAAACUGGCAACACUGGGCAGGAUCUUCAAACCAUGGAAGUGGAGGAAAAAGAAAAAUGAGAAGCUAAAGCAGACGUCUGCAGUGCUGGAGAAGAAGAUGACAGCACGGCAAGGCCGGGAUGAGCUCAUUAAGAAAGGCCUUCUGGAGAUGAUGGAACAAGAUACCGAAGGCAAAGCCUGCCCUGGUGAGGAUGCCACGAGAGUGACACAGGGUGACCCUCCAGCCCCUGUGUGCCAGGCACUGGCUCCAGAAGAGGACCAGCAAGAGAGUCCAACAGCAGCCACAACUGAUGUGACCUCCUUUGGUGAGGAGCUGCAUUUGGAGGAGCUGAAAGAAGAUGCAGCCAAGAAACCUUCAGCACCCACGGAAGAAUCAGAAGAUGCCAGCCUGCCAGCAUCUGAAGACAGUCCACAAGCCUUACUUGUACCUGAAUCCACAGAUUCCCCCCAGAAACAGAUGGAAAGAAACCCAGCACAGCUUCCCAGCCCUCCAUUGCUCCCAGCUCCACCACCUAAGGCAAUCUCCAAAAUCACAAAGAGCAUCACAGGAGGUGAAGGUGAUGACCCAGCCAUGAAAUCUCCUCCUUCCACCAUCCUGAAGAAUUAUGUCAUUGUUGGUUCCUCCCAAAUCUCAGGACAAGCUGCCCUCUUCCACCCCUCUGGCCAGAAAAGCUCAGACCCCCUUGGCAGGGGCCAGGUGACGACACCAACGGGUUCCCCCCACCUGGCUGCCGUUCACCUGCCUCUGCCUCCCAGCAGAGUCAUCGAGGAGCUGCACAGGGCUCUGGCCACCAAACACCGCCAGGACAGCUUCCAUGGAAGAGAAAGCAAAGGCUCUCCAAAAAAAAGAGUGGAUGUGCGUCCAUCCAGAACAUCCAGCAUGGAGCGCAACAAGGAGAAGGAGAACUCCCUGAGUUACAGCAGCGACUCAGAAAACAAGAGGAACUCAGUUAAAGAGUCAGAUGAGAACAAAGAAAACAUGAUCAUGAACUCAGAGCUCAAGGAAGACUCUGUUUUUUAUCAGGAUGAGGAAGUUUUGAAUGACUCCAUUAUUUCUGGUACUUUGCCAAGAAAAUGCAAGAAAGAACUGCUGGCAGUAAAACUACGGAACAGACCAAGUAAGCAGGAGCUGGAAGACAGGAAUAUUUUCCCGAGGAGGACGGAUGAGGAAAGACAGGAAAUCCGGCAGCAAAUUGAAAUGAAACUCUCAAAGCGACUCAGCCAAAGACCCGCUGUUGAGGAGCUGGAAAGAAGGAAUAUCCUUAAACAACGAAAUGAUCAGACGGAGCAGGAAGAAAGAAGGGAAAUCAAACAGAGACUGACAAGAAAGCUUAACCAGAGACCUACAGUCGAUGAACUGAGAGACAGAAAAAUCCUGAUUCGAUUCAGUGAUUAUGUGGAAGUGGCAAAGGCACAGGACUACGACAGGAGAGCAGACAAACCAUGGACACGACUCUCAGCAGCAGACAAGGCAGCAAUUCGGAAAGAGCUGAAUGAGUACAAAAGCAAUGAAAUGGAGGUACAUGCAUCCAGCAAACAUUUGACAAGAUUUCACAGGCCAUAGAAAUUUUCUUCUGAGAAGAAUCUGUCUUUACUUUUUGAUAUUGCUGCUGAACACGCAUCAGGGAAUAUCUGAGUCUUUCCCUCAAGUUCAGAGCAGGAUCCCUUGGUGUUUGUGUGAAGGAAGGACUCUGAGCUGAGGUCUCUGCAGCACUUAUGGACAGAGAGCCCAGGGCUGCCCCUGGCUCUGGAGGCAGGAGAGCCACGGCCUGGGAUUGGGAUGAGCUGCUGACAAAGACUGAAGCAAAGCUACUUGGAAGAGCCUCCUACUCUCACACUUGUUUGGAACUGUUUUGCAGCCUGUCUUGGAAGAGGAGAUGUUGUGCAUGUACAGGCUUUACCAUUCCAAGGCCUCUGACAUAAACGGACAUGACACACUGUCAUCCAGUAUUAUGUUGAUGAGACAUUUUGAACUUGCCACAAUUAGUUUGUAAAACACUUCAGUUCAUGUUCUAAAAACUAAUUUAAUGUAUUAUAAUUUCAUUCUUUUUUAUAUAAUGUCUAACAGAAUCACAGCUGCAAGCAUUUUUGAUUCCUGUUACUUUUGUUCUUUAAUUAAAUGACUACUUAUUGCAGGAAAUGAA